AUGUUGCAAGACGGAGGGAGGGUGAGGUCAAGUGAAGUGGCUGUCCUGGAGCCACCUGGUGAGCCCGGACCGUUGCUGGGGUUCCAAGACUUUAUUGUCCUGUGGAUUCCUGAGGUUUUCACGAGUGAAUCUGCAUUCCUGGACAACCUCCGCAAGAGAUACCGAGAGAACCUCAUAUAUACGUACAUUGGCACCCUCUUAGUGUCUGUGAAUCCAUACAAGGAACUGGACAUCUACACAGUUAAGCAGAUGGAGCAAUAUAAAGGGGUCAACUUCUUUGAGCUGCCACCACACAUUUAUGCCAUAGCUGAUAAUGCCUACCGGGUCAUGUGCACUGAAAAUAAUAACCACUUCAUUCUGAUCUCGGGGGAGAGCGGAGCUGGGAAGACAGAGGCCUCCAAGAAGCUUCUGCAGUAUUUUGCGGUAACCUGCCCAACUACAGAGCAGCUGCAGAUUGUCCGGGACCGCCUGCUUCUCUCCAACCCUGUGCUGGAGGCUUUUGGAAAUGCAAAAACUCUGUGCAACGACAACUCCAGCAGGUUUGGAAAGUACAUGGAUAUCCAGUUUGAUUUUAAGGGAACUCCUGUCGGAGGCCAUAUCCUCAGCUACCUGAUUGAAAAGUCCCGCAUCGUUUACCAGAAUCCCGGAGAACGGAAUUUCCACAUUUUCUACCAAUUGCUGGAAGGCGGGGAAGAGGAUAUGCUUCGGGGGCUUGGGCUGGAGCGCACUCCUCAGAAGUACCUUUACCUAAUACAGGGAAACUGUGCCAAAGUGCUGUCCAUCAACGACAGGAGCGACUGGCGAACCGUCUGCAAAGCCUUCAGCGUCAUCGAUUUUGCAGAGAGAGAUAUUCAGCUCUUGGGUGUCCACCUGUCCAUUCUACAAGAAGCUCUUACAAACCGGAAAAUUGAGGCUCGCUGUGAGGAGAGGUACAAUGUUUUGAGCCCACUGAAUGUGGACCUGGCGUAUUAUGCCCGAGAUGCGGCAGCGUUUAUAUAUGGACGAUGCCUUACCGGCCAUAACAAAAUCAAUGGGUCUCUAGCAAAUAAGGUUGGUUCUUGGAAGACAGUGAUUGGGCUGCUUGACAUCUAUGGCUUUGAAGUCUUUGAGACAAACAGCUUUGAGCAGUUCUGCAUCAACUACUGCAACGAGAAGCUCCAGCAGCUGCUGCUAGAGAUGACUUUGAAAGCAGAGCAAGAGGAAUACAAGCUGGAGGGCAUAGAGUGGGAGCCAAUUCCAUAUUUCAACAACAAGACAAUUUGUGAUCUAGUGGAAGAGAAACAUAAAGGGAUUAUUUCUAUACUGGAUGAAGAAUGCUUGCGGCCUGGGGAAGCAACUGACCUGAGUUUCCUGGAAAAGUUAGAGGAGAAAGUAGGACACCACGCCCACUUCCUGACCAAAAAGCUUGCGAAGCAGAAGAGCCGAAAAUCCAUUGGCUGGGUUGAUUUCCGUCUCCUUCACUAUGCUGGCGAGGUGACCUACUGCGCAGUAGGAUUUCUGGAGAAAAAUAAUGAUCUUCUCUACCGAAACCUAAAAGAGGUGCUGUGUAAAUCCAAAAAUGGCAUCAUCCGGGAUUGUUUCCACGUGUCGGAGCUGGACAGCCGAAGGAGGCCUGAGACAGUUGCAACUCAGUUCAAAAACAGCCUGGCCAGCCUGAUAGAAAUCCUCAUGUCCAAAGAACCUUCCUAUAUCAGGUGUAUUAAACCCAACGACAACAAGGAGCCUGACAAAUUUGAUGACUCCUUGAUCAGACACCAGGUGAAGUACCUGGGCCUGAUGGAGCACCUGCGGGUCAGGCGAGCUGGCUUUGCUUACCGUCGGAAGUAUGAGCACUUUCUGCAAAGGUACAAAAGUCUGUGCCCAGAAACUUGGCCUCACUGGCGGGGUUCGGCAGCCAGGGGAGUGGAGAAGUUGGUCCAAUAUCUCGGAUACAAACCUGAUGAGUAUAAAAUGGGGAAGACCAAAAUCUUCAUUCGUUUCCCGAGGACGCUGUUUGCCACUGAAGAUGCCUUUGAGCAGAAAAAACACAUGCUCAUUUCCAGAGCGCAAGCUAAAUACAAAGGCUGCGUGGGGAGGCGCGAGUACCAGAAGAAGAGGCAAGCUGCCAUCAAGCUGGAGGCUCGCUGGAGGGGGGUUCUGGCACGCAAAGAGGCCCAGAAGAGGGCGUGGGCAGCUCAGACCAUCCGGAAGUACAUAAAAGGCUUUAUAAACCGGAACCAACCCACAAACCCUGAAAACAUAGACUACGUGAAGCUCGCACGGAUCACCUACAUCACGAAGCUCCGGAGCCAUCUCCCGAAGACAGUCUUGGACCAAACCUGGCUUCAGCCGCCUGCGCUCUUGCAAGAGACUUCUGAGCUUCUGAAGAAGCUGUGCAUCAGGACGCUCGUGCGGAAAUACUGCCGCAGCCUCACAGAGGAGAGGAAAGCGCAAAUGCAGCAGAAGUUGCUUGCGAGCACCAUUUUCCUUGGGAAGAAAGAGGGCUAUGACAAAAGUGUGGCUGAGCUGUUCGUUGAGACCAGGAUACAGGAGGAAGAGUUACACCCCAAAGUCUUGUCGCUGAUCCGCCAUGAGAAGGUUAAGUACGUGACCCCUGUGGUGAAGUUUGACCAAAAAGGCUUCAAACCCCGAGAUCGGCUGCUUGUCCUGACCAGAGUUUCCUUUCACUUGGUGGAGAUGGCCAAGAUCAAGGAGAAGGUGGACUACCCAGCGAUCAAAGGUCUUUCCGUCAGCGGCCUGAGUGAUGGAAUCUUAGUUGUCCACGUUUCAGAUGACUGUAAGCAUCAAAAGGGAGAUUUAAUCCUGCAGUGUGAAAAGCUAUUUGAGACGGCCAUUAAACUCUGCAUGAUGGCCAACAAGGAGGAGAUCGCCAUCGCCCAAGGGAGCCUCGUGUACAGUUUGGCUCCUGGAAAAAACUCCACCAUCAUUUUCUCAACUGCACACGAAGCUCGGAUCUUCAAGGCCAAAAGUGGACUGCUGACUGUGGUAUCGCCCAAAGUGAAAAAACCCUGAUGGGAACCCGAGUUCAAGUUUUGCUCAUUACCACGACUGCUCAGAACAGAAAGCUAUCUCAAACAUCCCCCUGUGUGGAGGAGAGCCGUGUCCUGGAGAGUUCUGAUGCCAUAGGACUUCCGCAGAUGCGCUUCAAGCAAUAUCAUAAUAUACAUACAGCUGCUAAUGACAGAACCCACCAUUGCCCUUAAAUGCCCCAACAACUGAUGUUAAUACUGUUAGAACUCUAGUUUUGUGACCUUCUCUGUAAUACAAGUUCUGGAUAGUUUACGUCUAGCUGCACUUAAUGGCUCUAAGCCUUUUUAAAGCAAAGCAACUCUGCAACGAGCAGAAGAGGGGUUCCAGCCUGGGAUUCUGGCCUUGGCUAAAACUGCUUACAAGUUGAGAGAAAUAGCAGAGGGGGAAAACUCAAUGACCCUCCAGCUGGCAAGAGAGGCCUGACUUCCUCCGUUCCAUGAUCAAAUUGCCAGCGGGUAACAUGAAGGGGUGAGAGCGUCCCUGAAUUUUGCCACCUGCAGCUGCCGAAUGGACAUCCCAGCCCCAGCCCGUGGCUUCUGCCAGUUGCUGUGUUCCCUGCUGCUGGAAUUGUGGCUUGUUCUGUGUUGGCGAGGCAGAAAGUACCAUAAAUGGUGAUGCAAAUAAAGAGAUGGAGAGAAAGUCAG